AUGGGCGUACAAGCGUCUACACUAGCUGCUGAUAAUAUACUGAAUGAGUCGUCGACGUCCAGACUACAUUCAUCAACUAUGGUUCAACCGGCAUCUUUGUCUUCGUCGAACAAGAUCGAAGAUUGUCCUCAUUUUCAGAAACAGCCAAUAUCCCAUAAAAAUAUCCCUAGUGAAUGUCCAAUAUCUUCAGCAGCAGCAUCCUCUGAUAUUAAUCCAUUAAACAUGAUGCCACCCGCUAAUCAAAUGCCUGCUCCAGAUCAACCAUUCCCUCUUUCAACAAAUCGGGUUGUAUCAAAUAUACCGAAAGCUGACAAAGACGAAUGUUGGAUCUAUCCAUCACCACAAAUGUUUUGGAAUGCUAUGCUUCGAAAAGGCUGGCGUUGGCAAGAUGAUCAGUUAGCACCUGCCGAUAUGGAAAAUAUUGUACGUAUGCACAAUAUUAACAAUGAAUUAGCCUGGAUGGAAGUAUUGAAAUGGGAAGCAUUACACGCCAAAGAAUGUAUGCAUCCAAGAUUAAAAAACUUUGGUGGUAGAGCAAAAGAUUAUUCGCCACGUGCACGUAUUCGAAGUUGGAUGGGUUAUAAAUUACCAUUUGAUAGACAUGAUUGGGUAGUUGAUCGUUGUGGAAAACCUGUUCGUUAUAUCAUCGAUUAUUAUGAUAGUGAAAAUUUAGAUCAUGAAACGUUGACAUUUACAAUACUGGAUGUUAGACCAGCAUUUGAUUCAUUUGGAGCAGUAUGGGAUAGAAUGCGGGCGGCGUGGUGGAGAUGGACGUAUAAAGCUGAUGAUAGUAUACGAGAUGAACUGAUCAAAGUAGCGAAAAAAGACUUGGAUUCUAAAGAAGCUGAAAUUAUUCGAUCCUAA